GCCUCUGAGGUAAAGCAAUACUAUUUAUAAUCAUCAGCAAUGUACUCUACAUAUUUGAAAGUCUGAUUUCAGUCCUUUAAAGGCUGUCUCGGAAAGAGCGGCAACAGAAAUUUGGACAAGCUGAAGUUUUCUCUCAUUAUUGUGAAGCAAAGGACAUUUCUGAAGCUAAACAGCAUUACUGCAGAAUAAAUAUGCUAAGCAUUGCGGGAAACCAGAUGAAGUCUUAAAUGAAAACAUUUACGUUAAUGUUUAACCCCUUUCACUUAAGCGAGAUCUCUACAUAAGCAACAGAAUGAAAAAUGCUGUCUGAAUUCUGCUGAAGGACAAUGGGACUCUAUUUAUUUUCAUUAUGCUGCCGUCUCCUGGUUAAUUUUGUACAAGACUGAAGAGCACUGCUGACAGAACGUAGAAGAAAAAUGGAUGAACCCUCCACCUAACACACAACUCCACUUUCUGGAAUGCUAAGUGGAAAAGAGGCAUUCUUCCAGCAUGAAAUCCAGUGCAUACCAGUAAGGACAAUAAUCUGAAUGCUUAAUUAAACUAUGAUGAGAAGACAGUAUCUGGAAAAUAGAAGAUGAACCCACUUGAUGCAACAAAAUCAGGAUUUUUAGUGUGCAUUGCUGUCUGUAUGUUCAUCUACACUUUUAUCUACCUAAAGGAUACACUUUCUGAAGAGCCAAAUGAACAAAAAAUUAAUGCAAAGAUAGCAGAGUGUGGAUUUUACCCGGAUGAACUUUGUUCAGCUCUUUUUGUCGGGAAAACCGCUGCCUUUAAAAUUGGAAACUUUUGUCAGAAUACCUACCAACCUAAACCACUCAGCUGCAUUCAGACUUCAUGCAACUGCUCCAUGGUUUUGAAGACUCUGCAUUUUAUCACAAGACCACUGUCAGAUGAAGAAGGAAAUUUCUCAUUAGCAUACAUUAUCACAAUUCACAAGGAGCUGGAAAUGUUUGUAAAGCUGCUAAGAGCUAUUUAUAUGCCUCAGAAUAUUUACUGCAUACAUGUUGAUGAAAAGUCACCAAAAGAUUAUAAAGCUGCUGUACAAAACAUCGUUAAUUGCUUUGAAAAUAUUUUUAUUUCCUCAAAAAGAGAAAAUGUUGUUUAUGCAGGAUUUUCAAGAUUACAAGCUGAUAUUAAUUGCAUGAGAGAUCUAGUUCAUUCCAAAAUUCAGUGGAAUUAUGUUAUUAAUCUAUGUGGUCAAGAUUAUCCCAUUAAAACAAACAAAGACAUUAUACAAUACAUCAAAAGUAAAUGGAAUGGUAAAAAUAUGACUCCUGGGGUAGUCCAACCACUUCAUAUGAAACACAGGACACAGGUUAGUUACAGAGAAUAUGUACAUUCUGGAAUGUCAUACGUGUAUCCAACAAAGAAUAUAAAAGCUAAACCUCCAUAUAAUUUGACAAUAUAUUUUGGUAGUGCCUAUUACAUACUCACUAAAGAAUUUGUAGAGUUUACAUUGACUGAUGCACGUGCAAAAGAUUUGCUUGAAUGGUCAAGAGACACGUACAGUCCGGAUGAACACUACUGGGUCACACUGAAUCGUUUAAAUGAUGCUCCAGGGGCUACACCCAAUGCAAACUGGGAAGGAAACAUACGAGCCAUUAAAUGGAAAGAUCAAGAAGGAACCAUACACAAAGGCUGCAAAGGUCAUUACAUCAGAGACAUUUGUGUCUACGGACUAGGGGAUUUGCAGUGGAUUAUUGAGUCACCUCAUUUGUUUGCCAACAAAUUUGAGCCUGCAACAUAUCCACUUGUUAUGGACUGCCUAGAGAGACACUACAGGCUUAAAGUACUGCACCAGGCAGAAGUCCCGAUUGAAGAUCACUGGCGUUUUCAGGAAGAGAACUACUUCAACAUGAAGCUGAAUGUUUGAGCUUAACUAACAUCUAAACAAGUGUUCAAAAUACUGACAGAAGCCAUUAAUAUCUUUAGCCAUAGACUUCACUCUGUGCAUUACAGCAUGAGGGUAAGCAUAAUACUGUACUACCAGUCUGCCAGUGAAAUAAACAGGCUUUAUUUCUUACAGUAAGAUAAUGAGCAACAACUGCUAAUGGGUUAAUUCUCAAAGAAAAUAACAUGUCUAAAUCUAUAACUUACUGAAGACAAGGGGGAAGUUCAUAAUCCUUUAAGUGACUUAUUUAACUGGAAAAAUACAUAUUCCUCAUGUCUGCAGCCAAGAAAAGGACUAACUGGUAUGAAAAUAAUAAAAUGGAAGCAACGAGGAACAAAGAUAAAAUACGAAGAGCACAAGUUAAAGUCAUGCCUACUGUAUGUCUUAUGAAAUAGAUUAUUUUGAAUAAUGAAGUUCACGCUAAAAUUUCAGAGCUUGUAGAUAAGCAAGUGACCACCAGUUUCAGACACGGUCCAUUUCACUGGUUGUUUUUUUUUUUUUUUGUGUCCAGCUGCAUCUCUAAUUUCAUUGUGUAGCAUGGCAAUAUCACUCUUGCACUACUCAGGCUGUGCUCCUAAUAAAAAGGGUGUGUGUGCCAGUAACAGUAGUAGGGGUCCUGCAAUGCAUGUUUACCUAUAAGUCCCUGUUUCUGAGCCUCUGCAGGAGUUUAGGGCAAGGAGACAUGGGAAAUUUGAGGCCAGGGAACAAAGGCAAACUGAGUGAAAAGCCAUCUUUCAAUCCCAGUGUACCCAGCUGAAGGAAACAAAACUUCCCUGAACAUUGCAACAGUCCGCAGCAAUUGGAGAUAACACCUAGCAGCAACCAGGACAAGCAUCUGAUUUCCCAAACCCUCUGCAGACUCAAUCCAGCACUCGCUGGUCUACAGUAAGGAAGUGGCUUUCAACAUACAACACAGGCAAAACUAGGGAACAGUAAUAAAAAAAGAACAAGGAUCCAGCCCUUUUCCAGGCAAGAGCUGCUCCUUCCUCUUCAGGACUCUUAAAUUAAUCCUUUCACUUGUGCAACCAAAAGGACUGGGGGAAUAUGAGGAAACAGAGAAGAUAUGGGUGGUGUUCUUUCAUACAAUAUGACAACUCUUCCACAGGAUUAAACACUGUCUCCAGAGGUCUUUAGUUAGGUGGUACUGACAGAAAGAGGCUAGGAGAAACCUGAAUUGUGAGAAGUCAUUUCAAACUGUUUGUCCUUUAAAAGUACUUUGGCAAGAAUGCAGAUUAAAGUUUCAUUCCAGUAAAUCCAAAUAAACUCCCAGUUUUUUUGCAUGAA